CAGUAAGGGAAGGAAGGGGGCGGUGACGGCAGCAGGUAGAACUGCGGGGAGGGCAAAGGACGGCGGAGGUCUGGUACCGAUUGAAGCAAGGACCGUGCUGAGCAGUGAGGAUUCCUCGAACACUGUACACCUCGGGAAUGCGGGGUCAAGGUGGCGGGACGAGAGGUACUAUUUCCCCUCUUGCCCGCUGUCGCCCCCGCUUGUAAGCAGUGUCCUCGAGGGCCUGCCCGGCGCCCCGGAUGUGUGGGCGGUCAUCUCCUGGUUCCUUGGUGGGGCCGAGUCCCCCGAGCACCGGCCGCGACGGAGGCGGCGGCAGAGUUCGGGGAGCUGCGGUGGCUGCGGCGCUGUUGGGUGUGGAGCGCGACAAGGUGGGCAGAUAUCACAUUGUAUGGAGGCAGAGGGAAUCUGACUUUUAUUCUUCAGGUCCUGGGGUAACCCAGAAUGGCUGCAGUGUCAUAUGAUCAGUUGUUAAAACAAGUAGAGGCAUUAAAAAUGGAGAACUCAAAUCUUCGACAAGAACUGGAAGAUAAUUCAAAUCAUCUUACAAAACUGGAAACUGAAGCAUCUAAUAUGAAGGAGGUAUUGAAGCAAUUGCAAGGUAGUAUUGAAGAUGAGGCAAUGGCUUCAUCUGGUCAGAUUGAUUUGCUGGAACGUCUUAAAGAACUGAAUUUGGAUAGCAAUAACUUCCCUGGAGUGAAGCUAAGGCCAAAGAUAUCCAUGCGUUCAUACGGAAGCAGAGAAGGAUCAGUUUCUAGUCGAUCAGGUGAAUGCAGCCCUGUUCCCAUGGGAUCAUUUCCCAGAAGAGGUUUUAUGAACGGAAGUAGAGAAAGCACUGGUUAUCUAGAAGAACUAGAGAAAGAGAGAUCUCUCUUGCUUGCUGAGCUUGAAAAGGAAGAAAAAGAAAAAGACUGGUAUUAUGCUCAGCUUCAGAAUUUGACUAAGAGGAUAGAUAGUCUGCCUCUUACUGAAAAUUUUUCGUUGCAGACUGACAUGACUAGAAGGCAAUUGGAAUAUGAGGCGAGACAGAUCAGAGCUGCCAUGGAGGAACAACUCGGUACAUGUCAGGACAUGGAGAAGAGAGCGCAGGUGAGAGUGGCUAGAAUUCAACAAAUUGAGAAAGAUAUUCUACGUAUAAGACAGCUGUUGCAAUCCCAAGUUGCCGAGACAGAGAGAGCAGCUCCAAGCAAGCAUGGUGCAAGUUCACAUGAAGCUGAGAGGCAAAAUGAAUGUCAAGGAGCAGCUGAAAUCAUUGUGGCAACUGCUGGCAGUAGCCAGGGUUCAGCUGCUCGAAUGGACCAUGAAACAUCCAGUGUUACGAGUUCUAAUAGUAAUUAUUCUGUUCCUCGAAGACUGACAAGUCACUUGGGUACCAAGGUUGAAAUGGUGUAUUCACUGCUGUCAAUGCUGGGUACUCACGAUAAAGAUGAUAUGUCACGAACAUUGCUAGCCAUGUCUAGCUCCCAGGAUAGCUGCAUAGCUAUGCGCCAGUCUGGAUGUCUUCCUCUUCUCAUUCAGCUUUUGCAUGGCAAUGAUAAAGACUCUGUGUUGUUGGGAAACUCACGUGGAAGUAAGGAGGCCCGUGCCAGAGCCAGUGCAGCACUGCAUAAUAUCAUUCAUUCCCAGCCUGAUGAUAAACGAGGCAGACGAGAAAUACGUGUCCUCCAUCUUCUAGAACAAAUCCGAGAGUACUGUGAAACUUGUUGGGAAUGGCAGGAAGCACACGAUCAGGGCAUGGACCAGGACAAAAAUCCAAUGCCAGCUCCAGUUGACCAUCAGAUCUGUCCUGCAGUAUGUGUUUUAAUGAAGCUUUCAUUUGAUGAAGAACAUAGGCAUGCGAUGAAUGAACUUGGGGGGUUACAAGCCAUUGCAGAAUUGCUGCAGGUAGAUUGUGAAAUGUAUGGGCUUACUAACGACCAUUAUAGUGUCACGUUAAGACGAUACGCUGGAAUGGCUCUGACAAAUUUAACUUUUGGAGAUGUUGCCAAUAAGGCUACUUUGUGUUCUAUGAAGGGUUGCAUGAGGGCUUUAGUAGCACAGUUAAAAUCUGAAAGUGAAGAUUUGCAGCAGGUUAUUGCAAGUGUUUUAAGAAAUUUGUCUUGGCGGGCAGAUGUGAACAGUAAAAAGACACUACGAGAGGUUGGAAGUGUGAAAGCAUUGAUGGAAUGUGCUUUGGAAGUUAAAAAGGAAUCUACACUAAAAAGUGUAUUGAGUGCCUUAUGGAACUUAUCAGCACAUUGCACUGAGAAUAAAGCUGAUAUAUGUGCCGUGGAUGGUGCUCUUGCCUUUUUGGUUGGCACACUGACUUACCGAAGCCAAACAAAUACUUUAGCCAUCAUUGAAAGUGGAGGGGGAAUUCUUCGUAAUGUGUCUAGCUUGAUUGCUACAAAUGAGGACCACAGGCAAAUAUUGAGAGAGAAUACCUGCUUGCAAACCCUUUUACAUCAUUUGAAGUCUCACAGUUUGACAAUAGUCAGUAAUGCAUGUGGAACGCUGUGGAACUUGUCUGCACGGAAUGCAAAGGACCAGGAAGCGUUAUGGGACUUGGGAGCAGUUAGUAUGCUCAAAAACCUCAUACAUUCGAAGCACAAAAUGAUAGCUAUGGGGAGUGCUGCAGCUCUAAGGAAUUUAAUGGCAAACAGACCUGCAAAAUAUAAAGAUGCUAAUAUUAUGUCUCCAGGUUCAAGCUUACCAUCUCUUCAUGUCAGAAAGCAGAAAGCACUAGAAGCAGAAUUAGAUGCUCAGCAAUUAUCUGAGACUUUUGACAACAUUGAUAACUUAAGUCCCAAAACAUCUCACCGCAAUAAACAAAGACAUAAACAGAAUCUUUACAGUGAAUAUGUUUUGGAUGGUAAUCGCCAUGAAGAUGGAGUUUGCAGGUCAGAGAAUUUUAACAGUAGUAAUGUGACUGUACUUUCACCAUAUUUAAAUACCACAGUAUUGCCUGGCUCCUCAUCCUCAAGCAGAGGAAAUACAGAGAGUUCUCGUUCUGAAAAAGACCGGAGUUUAGAUAGAGACCGUGCAGUGGGUUUAAACAGCUAUCACUCCACAGCAGAAAAUUCCAGUAGCUCUUCUAAACGAAUAGGAAUGCAAAUUUCAACUGCUGCUGCUCAGAUUUCAAAAGUAAUGGAGGAAGCAACAAAUAUGCAUAUUUCACAAGAAGAAAGAAGCAAUGGAUCUGUAACAGAAAUUCACUGUUUGUCAGAAGACAGGAAUGCUUUAAGAAGAACUUCUGCUGCUCACUCUCACACAAAUAGUUAUAACUUUCCAAAAUCUGAGAACAGGACAUGUUCUCUGCCAUAUUCAAAAGCAGAGUAUAAAAGAGCUUCUAAUGAUAGCUUAAACAGUGUCAGUAGCAGUGAUGGGUAUGGUAAAAGAGGACAAAUGAAGCCUAUAGAAUCUUAUUCUGAAGAUGAAGAAAGUAAAUUUUGCAGUUAUGGACAGUAUCCUGCUGAUUUAGCUCAUAAAAUACACAGUGCUAAUCAUAUGGAUGACAAUGAUGGAGAACUGGAUACUCCAAUAAACUAUAGUCUAAAAUAUUCUGAUGAACAAUUGAAUUCUGGAAGGCAAAGCCCAUCCCAGAAUGAAAGAUGGGCAAGACCCAAGCAUGUAAUAGAAGAAGAAAUAAAGCAGAAUGAGCAAAGGCAAUCCAGAAGUCAAAGUGGAGCAUAUCCUGUAUAUCCUGAGAGUGGUGAUAAUAAACACCUGAGUUACCAGUCAGCUUUUGGACAGCCGGAAUGUGUAUCUCCUUUCAGAUCAAGAGAAUCCAGCAAUUCAGAACAAAACAGAGUAGGAUGUAAUCAUGGAAUAAAUCCCAAAGUGAAUCAAUCCUUGUGUCAGGUUGAUGAUUAUGAGACUGAUAAGCCUACUAAUUAUAGCGAGCAUUACUCUGAAGAGGAACAGCAUGAGGAAGAAGAUCAUCCAACUAAUUAUAGCAUAAAAUAUAAUGAAGAGGAGCACCAUGUGGAUCAGCCAAUUGAUUACAGUCUUCGAUAUUCAACAGAUGUUCCUCCUGCACAGAAACCAUCUUUUUCAUUUUCAAAAACUCCAUCAGUGCAGAGUACUAAAACUGAUCAUAUUUCAUCAAGCAGUGGAAAUACAUCAUCUUCUGCUGGCUCAAAAAAACAUAACCAACUUCAUCCAAAUUCUGCUCAGAAUAGGGCAAGUCAUACCCAGAAGCCUACAUCCUGCAAAGCAGCUUCCAUUAACCAGGAAACAAUACAAACUUACUGUGUAGAAGAUACACCAAUAUGUUUUUCAAGAUGUAGCUCUCUAUCAUCUUUAUCAUCAGCUGAAGAUGAAACAGGACGUGACCAUUCCACACGUGUAACAGAUACUGAUAACUUUCUGAAGAUAGUGGGAAUCAAAGAAAACAGUGGAAGUCUGUCAACAGCAGUUACAACUAAUGAAACCUCAUUAGCUUCCCAGCACCUUAGAACAAAAUCAAAUAGACUUCAGACUUCUACUAUAUCACCUUCUGAUUCAGCAAGACAUAAAGCUGUUGAGUUUUCUUCAGGUGCCAAAUCUCCUUCAAAAAGUGGUGCUCAGACUCCUAAGAGCCCACCAGAACAUUAUGUACAGGAGACUCCACUCAUGUUUAGCAGAUGUACCUCUGUGAGUUCCUUGGAUAGUUUUGAGAGCCGUUCAAUUGCUAGCUCUGUUCAAAGUGAGCCAUGUAGUGGGAUGAUAAGUGGUAUAAUAAGCCCAAGUGAUCUUCCGGAUAGUCCUGGGCAAACAAUGCCACCCAGCAGAAGUAAAACUCCACCCCCUACACAAGUGACCCAAGUAAAGAGAGAAGCAGCCAAAACAAAAGUAUCGAACACUGAAAAGAGAGAAUCUGGGCCAAGACAAACAGCUGUAAAUACAGCCAUUCAGCGGGUGCAGGUAUUGCAAGACUCUGACACUUUGUUACACUUUGCAACAGAAAGUACACCAGAUGGGUUUUCUUGUUCAUCAAGCCUAAGUGCUUUGAGUCUUGAUGAACCAUUUAUCCAGAAAGAUGUAGAAUUGAGAAUAAUGCCUCCUGUGCAUGAAAAUGAUCAUGUGAAUGAAGCAGAACUUGAACAGUCAAAUGAUACAAAGGAUCAACUGGAGAAAAAUACAAAAGAACCCACUGAAAUAGAGAAAGAUAUACUAGAUGAUUCAGAUGAAGAUGAUAUUGAAAUAUUGGAGGAGUGUAUUAUUUCUGCUAUGCCAACAAAAUCUUCACGUAAAGCCAAAAAGCCUUCUCAGGUAACUGCUUCUAAAAUACCUCCACCUGUAGCCAGAAAACCAAGCCAUCUGCCUGUUUAUAAACUUCUUCCUUCUCAAAGCAGAUUACAUUCCCAAAAGCAUGUUACAUUUACACCUGGUGAUGAUAUGCCACGUGUUUAUUGUGUUGAGGGAACACCAAUAAAUUUUUCAACAGCUACAUCUCUGAGUGAUCUAACAAUAGAAUCACCUCCAAAUGAACUGGCCAGUACAGGGAUUGCUGUUUCUCGAGUGGAAUUAACUGAAAUUGAAAAGAGAGAUACAAUUCCCACAGAAGGAAGAAAUACAGAAGAUGCUCAAAGGGGAAAAAGUGGAUCUACUGUUGGGUUGAAUGAUGACAAAACAGAAGAAGGUGAUGACAUUCUUGCAGAAUGUAUUAAUUCUGCUAUGCCAAAAGGGAAAAGCCACAAACCUUUCAGAGUGAAAAAGAUAAUGGAUCAGAUCCAGCUAGCAUCUACAUCAUCCUCAAUAAAUACUAAAAAUCAACUAGAAAUGGAGAAAAAGAAACCAACGUCACCAGUAAAGCCUAUGCCACAAAGCAAUGAGUACAGAGCACGUUUAAGAAAAAAUAUGGAGUCAAAAAAUAAUUUUAGUAGUGAAAGAACUUACAAUGAGAGUAAAACAAAGAAACAAAGUCUUGAAAAUAGUUCAAAAGAUUUUAAUGAUAAACUUCCAAAUAAUGAGCGUGCAAGAGGAAGCUUUGCAUUUGAUUCUCCCCACCACUAUACUCCAAUUGAAGGAACCCCAUAUUGUUUUUCUCGAAAUGACUCUUUGAGUUCCUUGGAAUUUGAUGAUGAUAUGGAUCUUUCAAGAGAAAAGGCAGAACUGAGAAAGGAGAAAGACAGUGAAAAUGAAACCAGCUCCAAUACAGAAUAUAUUUCAAAUCAGCAAUCAGUCAGUGGAACACAAGCUUGCCAAAAGCACUCAACAGGAAGAAAUCAGCCCAAAACGUUGGGGCAAAACCAGACCUCUUUUUCUCCAUCAGCCAAAGACAUUACAGCUACAGAUGAAAAAACACAAAAUUUUGCAAUAGAAAAUACACCUGUUUGUUUCUCUCAUAAUUCCUCUCUGAGUUCUCUCAGUGAUAUUGAUCAGGAAAACAACAAUGACAAAGAAAGUGAAUCAAUAGAACAAAUAGAAUCGCCUGAUAAACACAUAGAAUCAACUAGAGCACAAGUUUCUGGAUAUGCUCCUAAAUCAUUUCAUGUAGAAGAUACGCCUGUAUGUUUUUCAAGGAACAGUUCCCUCAGUUCUCUUAGUAUUGAUUCAGAAGAUGACCUUUUGCAGGAAUGUAUUAGUUCAGCCAUGCCUAAAAAGAAAAAGCCUUCAAGAUCCAAGGGGGAUAGUGAAAAAAUUAGUUCUAGAAACAUAGGAGGCAUUUUAGCAGAAGACCUUACAUUAGAUUUAAAAGAUAUACAAAGGCCUGAUUCAGAGAAUGGUUUCUCACCAGAUUCAGAGAACUUCGACUGGAAAGCUAUUCAGGAAGGUGCAAAUUCUAUAGUUAGCAGCUUACAUCAAGCCGCUGCAGCAUCACUAUCCAGACAAGCUUCAUCAGAUUCAGAUUCAAUCCUUUCAUUAAAAUCAGGAAUUUCCUUAGGAUCACCAUUUCAUCUUACACCAGAUCAAGAAGAAAAGCCUUUUAUUACUAAUAAGGGUCCAAGAAUUAUUAAACCAGGAGAGAAGAGUACAAUGGAAAGUAAGAAAAUUGAGUCUGAAAGUAAAGGAAUUAAAGGAGGAAAGAAAGUCUAUAAAAGCAUGAUUACAGGUAAAGCUCGUUCUAAUUCUGAACUUACGAGUCAUUUGAAACAGCCGUUGCAAACAAAUAUGCCCUCCAUUUCUCGAGGUAGGACAAUGAUUCAUAUUCCUGGAGUUCGAAAUAGUUCUUCAAGUACAAGUCCAGUUUCUAAAAAAGGACCACAACUAAAGAGUGCAGCUUCCAAAAGUCCUAAUGAAAGCCAGAGUUCUACUAGCUCUCCUAGGGUUACCAAACCUUCUAUGAAAUCUGAUCCAAGCCCUAUAUCUAGACAGCCAUCUCAACAGGGUAGCUCAAGUAAAGGGCCUUCUAGGUCAGGAUCUAGAGAUUCUACACCUUCUAGACCACAACAGCAACCAUUAAGUAGACCUCUGCAGUCUCCUGGCAGAAACUCAAUUUCACCAGGUAGAAAUGGCAUAAGUCCUCCCAAUAAGCUCUCCCAGCUGCCAAGAACAGCAUCACCAAGUACAGCUUCCAACAAAUCUACAGGUACGGGAAGAAUGGCAUACACAUCACCAGGCAGACAAAUGAACCAGCAAACUGUAGCAAAACAAACAGGAUUGCCUAAAAGUACUAGUGGAAUUCCUAGAAGUGAAUCUGCCUCAAAAGGAUUAAAUCAAAUUUCUGGUAUCAGUGGGUCAAAUAAAAAGGCUGAGUUAACUAGAAUGUCAUCAGCCAAAUCAAGUGGGAGUGAAUCUGACCGGUCAGAGAGACCUGUUUUAGUACGUCAGUCAACUUUUAUUAAAGAAACCCCAAGUCCUACACUAAGAAGAAAAUUGGAAGAGUCUGUCUCAUUUGAAUCUUUGUCACCUUCUAGACCAGACUCUCCAACCCAGUCCCAAACACAGACUCCAGUUUUAAGUCCAUCACUUCCUGACAUGUCUUUAUCUGCUCACUCAGCCAUCCAAGCCAGUGGUUGGAGAAAGUUACCUCCUAACCUGAGUCCAUCUUUAGAAUACAAUGAUGGGAGGCCAACAAAACGGCAUGACAUAACUCGAUCUCAUUCUGAGAGUCCAUCCAGAUUGCCAAUUAACAGAUCAGGGACAUGGAAGCGUGAGCACAGUAAGCAUUCUUCAUCACUUCCUCGUGUAAGUACUUGGCGAAGGACAGGAAGUUCUUCCUCAAUUCUUUCAGCUUCUUCAGAAUCCAGUGAAAAGGCAAAAAGUGAAGAUGAAAAGCAACAUGUAACUUCUUUUUCUGGACUCAAACAAGGUAAAGAAAACCAAGCUCCAACAAAAGGGACAUGGAGAAAGAUAAAGGAAAAUGAAAUUCCUCAAAUAAUGACAAGUCCUCCUCAGAAUAUCUCAUCAGGUCCUACCAGUGCUGCUGAUUCAAAAACUCUAAUUUACCAGAUGGCCCCUGCAGUCUCUAAAACAGAGGAUGUAUGGGUGAGGAUUGAGGACUGUCCUAUCAAUAAUCCAAGAUCUGGAAAAUCUCCAACAGGAAACACUCCCCCCAUUAUAGACAGUGGUUCAGAGAAAAGCAGUAUAAAUAGCAAAGAAUCAAAAGAUCUUCAUGGAAAACAAAAUACCGGAAAUGGAAAUAUUCCUGUUCGCACCAUGGGUUUAGAAACUCGAUUGAAUUCAUUUAUUCAAGCUGAUGGUCCAGACAAGAAAGGAACUGAAACAAAAAUUGUUCUAAGCAAUUCUACAGCUGCCCCAGAGACUAGUGAAAACACUUUGAACGAGCGCACACCAUUUAGUUCUAGCAGCUCAAGUAAACACAGUUCACCCAGUGGUGCAGUUGCAGCACGUGUGACGCCUUUUAACUAUAAUCCAAGCCCCAGAAAAAGUAGUGUGGAUAACAGUUCUGUUCGGCCAUCACAGAUACCAACACCGGUAAAUAACAGUACAAAAAAACGAGAUUCAAAGACUGAAAGUACAGAUUCGAGUGGUGCACAAAGCCCUAAGCGCCAUUCAGGGUCUUAUCUGGUGACUUCUGUUUAAUGAAAAAUAAAUGAUGUAUUGAUAUAUGUGGAUUUUUAAGAAAUAAAACAGCAAAAUUGUGGUUAACCCCCCUCUUUUUUUUGUAAAUAGGUUUGAUUCUUGUAGAGGGUCCUUGUUCUGGAAGCCAUAUAUGAUAUUCUUUGUCUUCACUAAUAAUAUUUGAGGGAUUCCCAAUUGAUAAUUUAGCAAUAAAAUUGCUAAAAUAAUUAUAUUUGUACAGUAUAUUUUACAUAUAUUUAAUUAACAUCCCAUACCUUUAUAAUUGUUUUGAUGGGUUGGGGGAAUUUAGAAAGAUGAAAAGCAGAUUAAAAUAAAUAAUUCUAUUAAUAUAUCACUCACUUCUAGAGUUGCAAAAAGGCUAAGUAACUUCAGGGAAAAAUUGGUAUUUAUGCCAAAAAAAAAAUACUCCACCUUAGUAUUUGUGAAGCCACCUAAUCUUUUAAUUAAUCAUGUGGCUGUGAAAUUCACAGUAAUAUGGUUUCUGUUGAACAAGCCUUUGAUUCCUGCAUGGAUAGAACUGAUGGUUCAUUUUCUGAAAUGAUAAUUAACAUUUCUGUCGUCACAUAACGUGCAUAGAUAGUUAUAGUGUAAUGAAUACAUUUUGGGUUUUGUGCUCUGCAAAAAGAAAAAAGAAAAAAAAGGACAUCUGUGUAUGUGUAAACCUUGAACAAAAUUAUUUUACCAGAACUAGAUUUUAACUGACAGUAGGUAGGAUUUUUGCUAUGCUGUAACUUGUUGUAUAUUCUGGUAUUUGAGGUAAGAUGGCUGCUCUUUUAUUAAUGAGACACGGGUGAGGUGUCAGCAAAACUAAACGACAGAAUAAAUUAUUGCUGUAUGUACAUUUUGUUGUGUGUUACUUUUGCAGUACAUAACAAUCAAUGUUUAAUUUUAAUACGUUUAAGAAAACCUUUUCGUAUGAUGCAUUUCCUCAAAAGGCGUGUUGGGAACAACAAUUAUUCUACUGAAGUCAGUGGAAACAUUCUUACAAAUCUGAAUGGGUCCACUGCCUAAAACAGUCGCACACUGGUUUUCUUCCAAUUUAUAAUAGCUGUUUAUAUGUAUCAGCUGCAGCAUUAGGAUAUAGCAUUAGUAUUUUCAGCUGAAAUGUAGUUGGUUCCUCCAAUACAUAAAAGAGGCUACAAGAAGUACUUCCAUAGAUAUGCCCAAAGGCAUAAAUUCCAUAUUGCACAGCGUAGAGUGCUUUCAAUAUACAAAUACAUGUUAUUUUGAAAGAGAAAACAACUUGGAAUAUAUUGAGAAUGAAAGUUGUUUUGAAUAUUUUUUUCAUUUGGCCUUUUUUCAUUUGGUUAAUUCGCUAGAGACUAAUAUACUAAACUUUAGUGUCUUAUAGAAAAUAAGAUUUGUAUAUUAAACUGCUCUGGACAAACAAACUUGGUAUUCACGUAUAUUCUUACUUUAGAGACCUUCCGUAGACUGUUUACAACAGAAGUACUCUACUUAAGUGCCUCUAUACGGAAAUAGCAACAUGCGUGUGCACAUCAUUAAUUAAAACAGUAGUAAGCAAGUCAAAUGUGUUAUCUCAGGCAGGUUUUCAUUAUUACAAACCUACUUGUGAUUACUUGUCAAUGAAGUUUACAAAUAUGUUUACAAAUAUUCUCAGAUAAUCCAAUUUAAUUGAUAAAUUAGAUCACUGCUUCUUACGGUGUGUGAUGCUACAACAACUAUUCUAGUAUAAAUUUUACUUUUUCAGACCAGAUGUUGGCCUCUACAUCAAGCUAGAGUGGCAUCAACAGGUAGUAUGCAUUUUCAAUUGAUUGAUGGCCAAAUUCACACAUAACAGGAAAUUAUAGAUAACCUGAGAAAUAGUCACAGUGUCCCUUCUACUUAUUUCCUCAUCUUUUCUCUUCUUUCAUUUAAAA